ACUCGGUGGCUUGGCCCAGUCUUCGUCUUUCUCCUUUCAAGCUCACGUCCCGAUCGCUCUCCUUGACAUUGAGUCCACUACCGGAGCUUGAGCAAUCGCCAUGGAAGAAGCUCAGGACGCGAAUGGAGCUCCAGUGGGAGCGGACGCCGAGGAGGAGCCGAUGGUGGGGCCUGGUCCCGCCCCUAAGGCCCGCCUCAAGCGGCCCCUCCAGUUCGAGCAGGCUUACCUCGACUCGCUCCCCUCCGCCAACAUGUAUGAGAAAAGUUACAUGCAUCGAGAUGUGGUCACACAUGUUGCUGUAUCGGCUGCUGAUUUUUUUAUGACUGGAAGUGCUGAUGGUCACUUGAAGUUUUGGAAGAAAAAGCCUAUAGGAAUCGAGUUUGCAAAGCAUUUUAGAUCACAUCUUGGCCCUAUUGAAGGAUUAGCCGUUAGUGUGGAUGGCAUGCUUUGCUGUACCAUUUCAAAUGACCGUUCCGUGAAGAUAUAUGAUGUCGUUAACUAUGACAUGAUGGUCAUGAUUCGCCUUCCAUAUGUUCCUGGAGCAGUUGAAUGGGUCUACAAACAAGGGGAUGUUAAAGCUAAGCUUGCCAUAAGUGAUCGGAAUUCCUCAUUUGUGCAUAUAUAUGAUGCUCGAGCUGGUACAAAUGAACCUAUAAUCUCUCGAGAGGUUCAUUUGGGUCCAGUUAAAAUUAUGAAGUACAAUCAUGCAUGUGAUACAGUGAUUUCAGCUGAUGACAGGGGUAUUAUUGAGUACUGGAGCCCUGCUACAUUGAAGUUCCCUGUGGAUGAGGUAAAAUUCAAGUUAAAGAGUGAUACGAAUCUGUUGGAAAUUGCGAAGUGUAAAACGACUGUUUCCACAGUUGAGGUGAGCCCUGAUGGGAAGCAGUUCUCUAUUACAUCGCCUGAUCGAAGGAUUCGUGUAUUUUGGUUUAAGACGGGGAAGUUGAGACGUGUCUACGAUGAAUCUCUCGAGGUAGCACAAGAUCUCCAGAGAAGCAGCGCUCCAUUAUAUCAGCUAGACGCUAUUGAUUUCGGGCGAAGGAUGGCUGUUGAGAGGGAAAUGGAGAAAACAGAAACAACACCACCACCACCACCACCAAAUGCUGUUUUUGAUGAAAGUUCUAACUUCCUCCUCUAUGCAACACUUCUUGGGAUAAAAGUUGUCAAUUUACACACCAACAAAGUUGCCAGAAUUCUUGGGAAGGUUGAAAACAAUGACAGAUUCUUGAGAAUUGCUCUGUACCAAGGAGACAGAACUAGUAAAAAGGUUAGAAAAAUCCCUGCGUCCGCCGCAAAUGCUAAUGAGAGCAAGGAGCCAUUGAUGGAUCCAACUCUUCUGUGUUGCGCUUUCAAGAAACACAGACUCUAUUUAUUCAGUCAGCGAGAACCCGAGGAGCCUGACGAUCCAAGCAAGGGCAGGGAUGCAUUCAAUGAGAAGCCCCCUCCUGAUGAGCUCAUGGCUGUAUCUGAUAUAGGGAAAUCUGUUACCACAUCACUACCUGACAAUGUGAUUCUUCACACGACAAUGGGAGACGUUCACAUGCGGCUAUACCCAGAAGAAUGCCCGAAAGCUGUGGAGAACUUCACGACACAUUGCCGAAACGGCUACUACGAUAAUCUUUUAUUCCACCGUGUGAUCAAGGGCUUCAUGAUACAGACUGGAGAUCCUCUAGGAGACGGCACUGGUGGGCAAUCAAUUUGGGGAAGAGAGUUUGAGGAUGAGUUUCAUAAAAGUCUUCGGCAUGACAGACCUUUCACGGUUUCAAUGGCAAAUGCGGGACCCAAUACGAAUGGUUCUCAGUUCUUUAUCACCACAGUGGCCACUCCAUGGCUUGAUAACAAGCAUACAGUUUUCGGCAGAGUUGUCAAGGGAAUGGAUGUUGUACAGUCUAUCGAGAAAGUGAAGGUGGACAAGCAGGACAGGCCGUUCCAAGACGUUAAAAUCCUGAAUGUGACUGUUCCAAAGUCCUAGAAUUUCUUGAUAUGUAUCCGCCUUUUCUUCUUGGGGAUGGAACUGGUCCAGGGACUGAAUCUUCGGUAUUGGUUCGGAAGGGAUCAAGGAAGUCCGGAUGGCACCUCAAUGUUCUUAGACAGCUGACUUGUGAAGUCUGGUCUCGUACGAUUGUUAUGAAUCUCCCAGAACUGUUGCUCUGAUCUGUACUAUGGUUUUUUGAUUCUUGGGACACGUUGGAAGGUCUUCUCAUGUAAUUUAUACUUCAAAAGUGUACUUCCCGUGUAGCUCUGAAAUAGUUUUGCCCCGAUAUCAACCUAUACUUAAUUGGCGCGGCUUGGUUCCUGCAUCA